UAAACCCGAAUAAAGAUUAAUUCUUUCUAUUCUCAUACAAAAUACUGUCACGAGAUGCCACCUCUGAAACACACUCGUUAAUUUUUCUCCCCCACUUCUCCCUCUCUCUCUCAUCUGUCGUGCUGUACGGUUGCACUGUUGCCUAAACUUCUUUCUUCUUCAUUUUGGUUUUUGUCUCAAUUUCCUUCACCAAGUUUCUUUUUCACCCUCCUUUGUUUAUUUCCUCACACUCGGUUGCAAAUUCAAUUUCUUCCGAGUCCGCUGCAGCUGGGCGACACCAGAUCGAAGAGUUUCUAGUGAAAACUGACAUUAUUGUUAGGGAUCACUUGACUACUGUUCGAGGAAAAUAUGAGGGAGAACAGCAUGCAACAGCAGAGAUGGCUUCAGAGGUGGAUCUUGUCUGGAUCUCGGUCAUAUAGUAAUUUCACAGACAUGAUCAUGAGGCCGCCUAUCAAGCCACAAGCUAGAUCUUCUAUUGUCCUCUUCGCCUUCCUCUGCCUCCUCGUCGGCGCGUUCGUCUCCACGCGCGUUCUCGACUCCACUGCCCAGUCUCAGAGGCCGACAAUAACAACCAAAGCGGCCCUCACGAUUCCUCUCAGAAUCCCACGAAAGAAAAUUGAGAUUCCACUGAACUGCACUGCUUUCAACCUCAAUCGAUCUUGCCCCGGAAACUACCCGUCAAGGUUAAUAGAAGAUCCUGACCGUCCCGAACCUCACACGUGUCCAGAAUACUUCCGUUGGAUCAACGAGGAUCUACGGCCAUGGGCACGUACAGGCAUCACGAGAGAAAUGCUAGAACGCGCCAAAAGAACUGCGAAUUUCAAGUUGGUUAUUCGGAAUGGGAAAGCUUACGUGGAGAAAUACCGAAGGGCGUUCCAAACCAGAGAUGUUUUUACGCUGUGGGGGAUCCUACAGUUGCUGCGUAGAUACCCCGGUCAAGUACCCGAUCUGGAGCUUAUGUUCGAUUGCGUUGAUUGGCCUGUGAUCAAAUCGGUGGAUUGUAAAGGGCCCAACGCCACGGCCCCACCUCCACUGUUCCGCUACUGUGCGGAUGAUGACACACUUGAUAUAGUCUUCCCCGAUUGGUCCUUCUGGGGAUGGGCUGAAAUAAACAUAAAGCCAUGGGAGGCAUUGUUGGAGGACCUUAAAGAAGGAAACAAGAGGAGGAAGUGGGUUCAAAGAGAACCUUAUGCCUACUGGAAGGGAAAUCCAUCAGUUGCUGCUACAAGGCAAGAACUUCUCAAAUGUAAUGUUUCAGAAAAACAAGAUUGGAAUGCUCGUGUAUAUGCCCAAGAUUGGCUCCGAGAAUCACAGGAAGGGUACAAGCAAUCAGACUUGGCAAGUCAGUGUAUUCACAGGUACAAAAUCUAUAUUGAAGGGUCAGCAUGGUCCGUCAGUGAAAAGUAUAUUCUUGCCUGCGACUCUGUUUCAUUAAUUGUAAAGCCCCGUUAUUAUGACUUCUUCACAAGAGGUUUGGUGCCAGUGCACCAUUAUUGGCCGAUAAAGGAAGACGACAAGUGUAGAUCAAUUAAGUUUGCUGUUGACUGGGGUAAUAGCCACAAGGGGAAGGCCCAAGAUAUCGGAAAGACAGCUAGUGCAUUCGUUCAGGAGGAGUUGAAGAUGGCCAAUGUAUAUGACUACAUGUUUCAUCUUUUAACUCAGUAUUCUGAGCUCUUAAGGUUCAAGCCCACUAUUCCACGGAAAGCUUUCGAAUUAUGUGCAGAGUCAAUGGCUUGCCAAGCAAACAGUCUAGAAAAGAAGUUUAUGAUGGAAUCCCUGGUGAAGGGUCCAGCGGAGGCGAGCCCGUGCACCAUGCCUCCUCCCUUUGAUCCUGCAUCUCUUCAUGGAUUUUUAAGGAGAAAGGAGAGUUCAAUACAACAGGUGGAGUUAUGGGAGAAAAAGUACUGGGAGAACCAGAAUAAGCAGUAGUUUGUGGAAGUUAAUUUAUUUUUUAAAGUACAGUUACAAAUAUAUAGUUUUGAUUGCAGCUCAAUAGCUUUCUCAUAUACGGUUCCUUUAGUAUUAAUAACUGAAUAAAAACUUCAGUAAAACUUUUAUGCAAUACCUAGCAUUAAAAGAUUGAUAUUUUCGCCUC